AUGGAUGGUAAUGAUAGCGAAAGUGGAUUGUUAACAGUAAUAAGUGAUAAUGAGACUGAGUCUUGGAGUUUUCGACGAUUGACAGCCUUUGGAUUAGUUCUCAUUCCAUGUGCUACUAUAUUCGGAAACACAUUGGUGAUUGUUGCUGUAUUUUGUGAACGAUCACUGCAUAGUGUUACAAAUCAUUUUAUUGUUUCAUUGGCUCUUGCUGAUUUUUUGAUUGCUCUGUGUGUCAUGUCAUUUGCUACAUAUUUUGAGAUGAAUUCAUAUAUUUGGGGACUUGGACCAUUUAUGUGUAAUUUGUAUAUGGCCACUGAUGUUGCACUUUCAACGGCCUCCAUACUUAAUCUUCUUGCUAUUUCUGUUGACAGAUAUGCAGCUAUAGCGUGGCCACUUAUUUAUGUAAAACUUAGUUCUAGUUGGAAAAGACCUAAAGUUAUGGUUUCAGCACUUUGGAUUAUAUCUAUCAUUGUUGGCCUUCCUAUUUUAUUAGGAGUAAAUCAUCAUGCAGAUGAUCGGUGUGAAUUUACAAAUGCUGUUUUUAUAAUUAUAUCAUCAUUAUUAUCAUUCUUUUUACCGUGUACAGCUAUUGUGAUACUUUAUACUGUAAUACUUUUUCGACUUCAUCAGCGAAAAAAAGACAAAUACUGGAAAUGUGUGAACGAGCAACCAAUCCGAAAUGAACUUUCUGGAAUGUUAACUAGUCGGUCACAAUUUACUGCAAUGCUAAAUUUGUUUAUUAUAUUGCAUUUCAUUCAUAAAUUCAAAUGCAGAUCUGAAAUUGAUGGCGCAACGACAAAAAUGGAUGCUAUAAAAAAGAAAUUUUUUGGUCAAAAACAAUCUAAGAGGCAGGUUUUCAAAAUAACACGACGAAAGUUACGACGUGAACGGAAAGCAACAAUUACUUUGGCUGUAGUGCUUGGAGUUUUCCUUUUUUGUUGGCUACCAUUUUUUACACUGCAUACAAUUAAUGCAGUGUGCAUUCUGCAAGUUGCUAAUAACUGCAUUCAUUUUAAUGCAUUUUUUCUUACAACAUGGUUAGGAUAUUUCAAUUCGUCGUUAAAUCCAUUAAUUUACACAUUAUUCGACAGAAGAUUUCGGAAAGUAUUUCGCCGAAUAUUACCAUGUGGUAAACGAUAA